AUGGGUGCAGGCGGUGACACGGUGGACAAGGACAGCGUCUUCGCCAACUACAAGUCCGUGUUUUCACGCCAGUUUGCUGUAUCCUUGGCUGUGGAGUUUCUUGGUGUGAUGUUCUUCCAGAUCAUUGGCGGAACUUCCGCUCCCAACUUUGCUCCUUUUGUGAAUGGCUUCGCGCUGGCCGUGUGGAUCUAUGUCGCCGCAAACAUCAGCGGUGGCCACCUGAACCCGGCCGUGAGCUGCAGCACCGCAGUUUGCGGCUUCUACCCGGUGAUCCACACUGUCAUCUACGUCCUCCUGCAGAUUACGGGCGCAAUCGUUGGUGCAUGGGUCUCCGCUGGGCUGGUGCCUGGUGCUGGCGACCUGAUCGGCACUGGCGGAACCGGCCCUGGCUGCUUCGAUCGUUCCGUCAUCCAUGCAGACAUCACGGACGAGCAGGUAUUCGGCUGGGAGUGCGUCAUGACCUUUACACUGAUCUCUUGCGUCUAUGCCUGUGGCGUCGCGAAGCCAGGCCAUGGUAGCCACACGCCCUUCGCCGUGGGUCUGGCGCUGCUGGCCUGCGCUGGAUCCGGCGGCCAGUACACCGGAGCGGCUCUGAAUCCAGCCCGAGUCUUGGGACCCAUGGCGGUGUUCCAUUGUGGCACCGAUGUGGCCGGCCUUUACAUCGGAGGCCAGGCCCUGGCGGCAGUUCUCGCGAUGUCCGUCUUUGCCUUCGUCUCGGGCUUCGGCCCGCUGAACCCUUGGAUGGCGAAGCGCGCCUUGAAGCUAUCCUGGCCAGAGGCCAUUUACCUCUGGAUCACAGGUUCUCCUCCGAGCAGACUGCAGAAGACAGGUCGUGAGAACAUCAACGACUUCAUGCAGCAGUAUGCCCUUUUCUAUGAGAGCGAGGGCUCCGAGGCGCCGAAGUCCAAGAUCUUCGACGUGGAGCGCUGCUUUGGCUUGCGGAAGUCGGCUACGGUCGACACCGUCCCUGCCGACGCUGCGUGA